AUGAACGCCAACGCACCCACCUUCAUUCCUCAGAAUGCUACUGUGAGGGCUGGCGCUUCCACUUCUUCAUCCUGCGAUCGACGAUCACCCGGCCACGCUUACUCUCAAUCACGGAGCUCGCACCCGCAUGAAAACAGGAAAUUUACAUCGGGAAAUUCACGAGAUUCCUUUCAAAGCGACCAGUCUGUCGCUCGCUUAAAUCAUAGCAAUAAGAGAUCUAACCCUCGUCGCAAGAAUAACGGUUCGUCGCGUUACGAUCAACGUAGUUUUCCUACUACCCGCGAGAAACAAAAGAAUAGCUCGUUCGAUUAUGAGCUUAAUGACGUUCCAUCAACUGAUGACAAUGCGGUGUCGUCCUCCUCUGUUCAAGAGGUUGCAACCGCCAUGUCUGAUUUGACCAUAGCAAAUGAUGAUCCUGCAAUCUAUGGAGUUCCAGACAGAAAAGGUCGUAUAUCUUUAAAUCACCUUUUGCGGUUUUCCUUUCCAGAAAGACAACAAACGCCCGCUAUGUUGCCUCGGCGACAUCGACCAUCAAACUAUCAGCCUUACAACAAAGAACGAUUUGUGAAUGCCAAUUUUCGUUUUUUAGUGAAGUCAACGGGUGACUAUACUGUCUAUCAAGUUGACCCGGAUAUUUUAUUGAAUUGGUCGGAUAUCGAACAAGUGCAACCCACUGCAGCUCGAAUUACUAAAUGCGGACACUCUUACUGCCUUUCUUGUAUAAUUCAUUAUUUACAAUUGAUUGACGAUGAAGAGAAACCCAACAAGAAAUGGCGGAAAUGUCCAAUUUGCUGGGAUGCCAUAUAUGCUCGGGAUCUGAAGAGUGUUAGAUUUUGGAUUGUUGAAGAUCUUAAAAGACUUGGCAAUAGCAAACCGGCCGAGAGUGCGAUUACUAUGAGGCUGAUUUAUCGUUCCAUGAGUUCGACCAUAGCAUUGCCUAGAACUUCGACCUGGUCGUCUCGCGAAAACGACAGUGCAACAGAAUCACUCCCAUGGCAUUUUACGCCUAAUGCAUUGGCUUUUGCAAAAAUGAUGCUUGCUUCUGCAGACUAUAUGAAAACAGAAUAUCAUAGAGAUCUUAGGGAACUCGAUGAAAUACUGGAGGAAGCCAGGCAUUUGAAUUACCAAGAAGAGAUUCCUUUCAUCGAAAUGGCUAUCGUAACUGUGCAGGACCAGCUUGACCUUCUCCAGAAACCUACUCUUGCUAGUGCGACUGAGCUUGAAAAGCGUACUCACAGCUUAACCGAGUCGACAAAAGUAAAGAAUGUAGCCGAGGAACUCGAAAUAGAAGGAGGGUUAGGUUAUUGGGAUGACAUGAAAUCUGUUGUGCGUAGUACUAAAGCAGGAGGGAAAGUUCAGGAAACGUUUUCGAACGAAGAUUAUGGAAACUAUUCUUUGCAAAGCCCCAAUUCUCGGAUCCAGAUGACUAACACUGUCUCGGAAGACGAUAUUCCUGCUUAUCUUCCAGACGAAUUCCGAGAAAAUGCCCAUAUUGCCACGCAAGAAUCUCUACAUGAGCCUACAGAUAAUCCUGCGGCCACGAAGGCGAACGUUGGAAAUACACGUGAUCCUGUAUAUCAUUUCUACCAGGCGGGUGAUGGCCAGCAUGUCUAUUUGCAUCCCUUGGAUAUUCGUCUUUUAAAACAUGAAUUCGGUAGUUUCGAAAACUUUCCUAAUACCAUUACAUUACCUGUUGUUGGGGUUCAAGAGAGCACAAUGACUGAGGACCUGCGCAAACGAUUUAAAUACUUGAACCAUCUGCCUCUGAGCUGUGAUGUGACAUUUAUAGAAGCGGAUCUAACGGAUAUUGUGUCUACGGCUACGCUGCAGGCAUUUAAGAAGGAACUUGAUCAGCGUGAACGUCGCCGGAAAGAGAAGUUUCGUAUUGAACAAAAGCAACAAAAAAAGACUGUGGGCGAGCGUAAAUUUAAUGAAGAUUAUGACUUCUCUUUUCAACCAUUGCCUUCGGAAAGGAACAAUACACGAGACGAAAUAUCUGAUAGUGAAAGCUCUGAACGCGGCAAUUCAGUUGCGCCUAGGGUCGAGUACAAUGGUCCUAGAACAGUCUGGGGUACUCCCGCAGUUUCGUUCGCGGAUGUUACCCGCGGACGUGGUUCGGAGGAAGACGAUGUUUUUUACGAUUUUCAAGAGGAGGAAGUUUAUUUUGGGAAAAAACAAAAGAGGAAAAAACUUGUACUUAUGUCGACUAAUGGGAAUAGACGUCAAUAA